AUGGGGGUCAACACCCGCAGACCGAUCCUUCCCGCCCCCACAGAAUCCAUCAUCGAUACCACGGGGGAUAGCACAACGGGCACAGAUCUGGCAACUGACAUUUCUCGCCGCACAGACAAAACGUCGUACUCUAUCCCAGACGACGGUAGCCCCGUCACUGUCUCCACUCGGCGACAGCGGGACCGCGACGAGAAAUUGUCUCGAUCUCAACACGACUCUCAUACCUCAUUACUCAUCGAGUAUUUCGAAGGCGGCAAAGGCUCAAGCGGCAUCGUCUCUCGUCCUAGCGUGCGAGUACGUGUUACACCAUCGUCGGCUAGAAAGUCCCGGGAGAAAAGAGAAAAAAGAGACCACUUUCAAAUCACCGAAUCAAGCGGAAGCGGGAGCCGCAAACCCUCAUAUACCCACCGGAUAUCCCUACCAUCACCGUCCUCAAAACAAAAGCAAUUGGACUCGGGCGCAACGGAUGACCACAGCGUUGGUUCGAAUUCAGCCGAGGAAGAGGGCCAUCAUUCGUCACGUCGCGAGCCGGUAGAAAUCGAAUUUGUGGACCGCGGACAGGAUAGCGAGAUGUCUUCCCUCUCGCAAGACACCCGAUACAUGAACACAUCGGAGGUUUCGUCUAUGCCGCCGGAGAGCAUGAUUAACGCUUCGUCGGCGGGUCCCAGGCGGAAACGCAGCCAGAGUAUGGAGCGUGGUUCGCCCCCUGAAGACAAGGGAUUGCUCAAGACCCCUCACCGACAAAGAAGUCGCAGUUUGAGUCAUGAGCGAAUUGCGCAUCGCGUGGCAGAAAAGCUCACUGAAUCACCGCAAGAAGCUUCGAGCGGCAAACACAAAAGCAAGGGCGGCAAGGAUUACCUUGAAGCCGAAGCAAAACCAUCCCGUCGCCGAAAGCACAGGUAUGCGGAAGAAGAUAUCAUCAGUCCUGAAUCUAGUCUUCUCAGCACAUCUGCAGUUUCUUCAAACCGCAAGUCCGACCAGUACUCAAUUCGCUCCGGUGCAUCCAAGUCCUCUAUCAACAACCCAAAAUUACUCGAGACGGUUGAAGAUGCGAUCAGAAGAUUAAUCCUACCGGAGCUAAAGGAGCUCAAGAAGGAUCAAAAAGUCAUGACCAACAGCAAAAAAUUCGAUCGGGACAUGGCUACAUCUUAUUCGUCCGGCACGAGCUCCAGAGAUGAGCUAGGUCGACGUCUCUCCAAGCACGCCAGUGCGCCGGAUGUUAUGAAGCCCAAAGUGGUUCUGAACAAGGAUAGCAAAGACGAAGGCAUUGUUCUUUCUCCCGAGACAGCUCCACACAACAAGGAGCGCAAAUCAAGUAAAAGCAGCGAAAGCUCUGAUAUGGCAGUGAGAUGGGCUAAUCGACCCGACUACACCGAACAAGACAAGAUCCGCAGGCAGAAGAGCAAGGGUCUUCGCGAUGCCCAUGCUGCUGCCCGAGUCGGUUCUGCUCUCACAGCGGCUUCUUUGAAACACCACGACUCCAACUCUAGUCUCGGCAAGAAGGAGCGCCGCCGAAAUAGUGGCUCCCGGAAAAGUGGCUCACGCAAGAGCACUGAGAGUAUGAACUACAACGAAACCGAACUUGUUUUCCAGAAGCACAAUGUUGCGCCAAUGCCAAUGUACAGUGAGAUGGACUCCGAGUUGACCAGAAACUCGUUGCUCUCUGAGCGAACGGCAAGUCCCACUCCCGAAAAGCAGCCCUCCUACUUCGACGUUGCUCGCGGAUCGCCGAGACAGGCCAUGUCACCAGCUUCUCGCACUCCUACGAGAAAUUCCGUCGACUCACGUUAUGAGCUUGGAAUGCGCCAUGGCAAUCAGUCGCACCAUAAUCUCUCGGUGCACAGUGCUUCGGAGCGUGACCUGCAUCACCAGAGCCAAUCUCCUGGAACCGACGGUGGUAACUGGGAAAUCGCAGCCGCAGCCGCAGCUAACCUCCUUGAUGCCGCUCACCCCGGACAUCACGAAACGGAAGAUGACUAUCACAAUGAGACCACCGGCCGCGGAUUGAGCCCCAUUCAGAGUAUUGCAAGUGAUCAUACUGAGACUCACCACGACCAUUACUCGGCUCACGGCGAGCAGCACGUUGACGGCAAACAUGAGGUUGAGCCUCGACUCUCCAUUGACUCUCUGUCAUCUGCCCCCAGUACAAACCUCGCGAGAUCCACCCGCCAGGGCACCAGCUCACACAGCCAGAGUGGAAUCUUCAAGCAGCACAGCCAUGAAUCACCUGGGCUCGGAUACGAACAUUCGCGCCAGGGCUCCCAAGACAAUGGCUUCUAUGGCUAUGACGAGGAGAGCAGGCGCUCUGUCGACGAUGGAGAUAGCGAUGUUGACUUCAUGGAUAAAGUCAAAGAAGGCCACCAUGUGGCUACUGGCGUUGCUGCUAACCCCCAAUUUAUGCACCCGAUGGCCGUCGAAUCUGCGGUCGCUUCCUUGAUGGAUCCCUCUGUCCUUGAAUCUCAGAUCUCAUCCACGAACCGCUCCCAAACCGACCUGGGCCAACGAUCAGGCAGCCGAAGCCCUGAAAAGCCAGGAAGCGAAGUCUACCGUGGAAGUCCCCUAAAGCAACGUCAGGAUGCUUUCAAUGCCGAUGAGACCUCGUUCCCUCGACGCAUGGGUGCCACAUCGCCCCCUCAGAGCGUUACCCAGUCUUUUGAGGACAUGGACGACUCUGGUAUGAUGGCUACCAAUGUCCCGCGUGGCAUGGAGAGUCCUCGCGAGGAUGCUGAAAGCCAAGAAUCGGAGUCUGAAAUCAACACCAAUCCGUCCAUUAUACAGGGUCCCAUUGGUGGUGUCGCGCAGGAAGAUCACUGGGGAUAUGAUUCAAGGUCUCCGCCGGCGGAUCACUACUACGAUACACAGAUCGGUGGAUCUAAGGGCCUCAAUGCCGAGCAGCAGAUGGGACUUGAUGCAGAAUACUACCAGACUGCCCAGAAUAUAUUUGGGGGCGAUGACUACUCUGCCCCCUCUGGCGACAACCAACCCCGCCAAUUGUUCGGUACCCCUCCUGGUGCCAAGGAUGAAGGCUAUGUCUCGGCUGCCAACCCCAUGUCUCCCAGCAUCGGGACUCCGAAGCAAGCUAGUCGAGGUCUUGCGGGCGCGGAUGCCGCUGGAAUGGCCAGUUUCGAUAGUCCCGCUGGGGCAGACGAUCCUUUUGCCUCUGGUCAUGAACGCCACUUCAGUGGCUACUCUCACGGCGUUGGCUCACCACUCUACGACAGUGCCACCGGCCGAGGCAUUGAGAGGAUUCAGUCCCAGGAUAUUGUGGCUCUCAUGGAUCAUUUGACUGUUCGGGAUGCCCAGCGGAAUGCCAGAGAUACCGAGAUUCUGGUUACUUUGGUUCGAAGUGCUGCUGAGAUGCGCACCUCCUUCGAGCAGAUGAAGAGAUUCAUCGCCGACCAAGACGAUCUCAUCAUGGACACUAGCGACAGGGGACAUGAGCGGACUCACAAGGCGCUUGGUGGUCCCCGGCCAUUGCCCCCCAGUACUUCUCGGAAUCGACAGCUCAACACCGCUGAUGAGGAAGAUAAGCGGAAGAGCAUCUUUAAGCGUGCGCUGAAGGGAUUGAGUCUCAAGUCGGGCAGUGAUUUGACCAAGAUUGAAGGCAUGCUCGAGCAGCUGCUUGGUGAGGUUGAGGCCCUGCGAUCCGGUCAAGAUGGCUUGAGCCCUCACAGUGUCACCAGAAUGGGAAGCAUGGAGCCAAGUGGGUACGAGACUCCCGGUCCAAAUGGAGUACCUGCCGAGACGAGCCGCUCUCCCUACGGGUCCAGCUCUUCUCGUCCGGCCAAUGGACAGCGCAGAGAUUCGGACCAGCGAGUCAGCACCGUCCAUGAAGUUGACGAAGACCUUGAGCUUGACGAUGGUGACCAGUUCCUGACUUCACAUCUCCCUGUUCGUGAUGGGCCCCGACACGAGCGAUCGGGUUCAUUGCCGCUUGACACACCUCCACGCAAGCCGGUGGCCACAUCAGCUCGCAGCACUGAGACAACCCCCAAGGCCCGCAAGCACAAGUCCAGCAGCUCGUCCAUUUUCCCGAAGAUCUCCCGCUGGUCUAAGUCCACGGCCACCUCCAUGGGCGACGGCAUUCGCAACAGCAUCCAGCCUUCCCGCAAAGAACGUCCGACUUCGGACGAGUCUCGGUCUGGAUCUGAUCUCGCACCUCAUGGCCCCUACAAAGGCGAAUAUUAUGAUCCCCAGGGGGACGACAGACUCCGAUCCACCUAUACCCUAGGCGACGAGCAAGAUGAGAACAGACCCCCUUCGCCAUUGGUUCCUUCCCAGGUGUCCGAGGCGCCCAAGUACCGCGGCCACCGUGGUAGUCUCGAGCUGCAGCACCCCCAGCCUCGACAAGGCCCAACCGGACGUUAUCAGUCCCGCCUCGAAACCGAGGCCCAGAUCUACGGAGGUCCGGUUUCUCCCACUGGCUCAGAACAGUGGGAAUCCAACCCCAGCCUGUCUGCGGUCAACCCUCCCCAAAACCGCAACAGCGGUGUCAGCGGUGCCACGCGUCUGUCCCCGAUCUCCGAUGCAGGCUACUCGGAGACCAGCUCCCGCGCAAACCGUACACCAGGCCCACCCCGUCCUCCCAAGGUGAAGGACGCGGGCCCUCUCAUUCCCGAGCGUCCAGCCAAGGUGGCUGAUGACGAGGAAGCAGCUUACAGCGGAGACCGUGUUGUUUCCAGAAGCUCUGCCAUCCGCUCUCCCCCCACACGCAAGCCAACUGGCCCGCGUCCCCUCACAUCUGCCGGCUCCUACAGCCCAGGCAAUAUCAAGCGAACCCGCUACCGAGGCAGUCCCGCGCAAAUCGACUAUGAAGAUGAGCAAUAUUGA